UGGGGAUCCACGCUGGGGAAGUGUCACGAGCGCAAACAAAACAAGGCUCAAAACGAAAAAGAAAUGAAAAAUGCUGCCCGAGCUGCCAGCCAAGGCGGCCUACAUCCUUAUCAACAACCCCGCGCGCCGCAACGCCCUCUGCCUGGCGACUCUGCGUGACCUACGCGACCAGCUCACGCGCGCCCUCACGUCGCCCCUCACCGGCCGCCCGCUGCUCCUCCCGCCCUUUCGCCCCCAGCUCCUGCCCGCCUUCGAGCGCGCCGCCGGGCUCCCGCCCAAGCCCUGGCCGGAAGGGCCCGACAGCACAGCCAAAAAGAGGAAGAAGAGGAAAAAGAAGAUGCAAAAACAAGCCCCAAACACCACAGCCACCACCACUGACGAAGACGACGACCCGACCUGGCUCGUCGACCCGGCCGCCUGGAACCACCACCGCGCCGGCCUCCCGUCCGUCCUCGUCCUGCGCUCCAGCGUCCCGUCCUCGCGCGUCUUCAGCUCGGGCCACGACCUGCGCGAGCUGUCGACCCUCUCGCCCGACGACGUGCGCGCCACGUUCGCGCUCUGCGCCGACGUCAUGUCGCUGCUCCGCCGCAGCCCGGCCCCCGUCGUCUGCGCCGUCGAGGGGCUCGCGACGGCCGCGGGCAUGCAGCUGGCCCUGACGGCGGACCUCGUCGUCGGCAUGGGGGAUGGGGGUGGUGGCGGGUACGAAGGGGCGGCGCGCUGGGCCGGGCGCGUCAUGGCCGUGCACGCGACGUCGGCCGAGGCGCGCGAGGGCGUGGCUGCGUUCCUGGACAAGCGGAGCCCGGCGUGGACAGUCAAGGAAAAAAAGAACUAUGGCGGUAGUCCCGUCCGGGGAACAAUGUUCCCUGGGCCGCGCGCAACUCAAGCGCAAGCGUCGCCCUCCCGGCGCGCCCUGGCCGGGACAGUGCUACACAAAAGGAAAUGCCUGCUUCGAUAGCAGGCCAACUUUUAUGCUCCAGAGCAGUCCCACCCGUGCUCCAGACACGCCGGAACCGUUAUAGCCAACCGAUCGUCCCCUUGUUAUCCAAAUCCGGGUAUCAGGAAAGCGAAGUGCGCCUCC